AUGACUGCAAAUGUGGUUUGCCUUGGAACAUUCUCUGCUGUGAAGACGCUUUGGGAAGUGAGAAUACACAAGAUAAAUGAAGAAUUACAGAAAGAAAAGGAAUUCAGACAGAGGUCUGCAGGAAGGCUACUGCUUGUCUGGGAGGAGAGAGCUGCUUUAGCGAAGCUCAAAGAAAAGGUUAUUAAUGAAGGUGGAAGAGCAAUUUUAAGGAUAGAGGAGGAAGAAUGGAAGACCCUGCCUUCAUGCUUACUGAAACUAAUCCAUCUCCAGGAAUGGCAGCUCCACAGAACUAGUUUGCAGAAGAUUCCACAUUUCAUUGGAAGAUUUCACAACCUUGUUGUUCUGGAUCUAUCCCGGAACUCAAUCGAAAGUGUACCUAAAGAAAUCGGCCAGCUGACUAGCCUGCAAGAACUGCUUCUCAGUUACAACAGAAUAAAGUCUGUUCCUAAGGAAAUAAGUAACUGUGUCAGUCUGGAGAGAUUGGAACUGGCUGUCAACAGGAAUAUCUGUGAGCUUCCUCCUCAGCUCAGUGAUUUAAAGAAGCUUUCACAUGUAGAUUUGUGCAUGAAUCAGUUCACUGCCCUCCCUUCAGCUCUUCUCGACAUGCCCAAUCUGGAAUGGUUAGAUAUGGGAGGAAAUAAACUCCAGGAGCUUCCUGAUGCAAUUUACAGAAUGGAAAAUCUCCACACGUUAUGGCUCCAAAGGAAUGAGAUCAGCUCUUUGCCAGAAACCAUUGGCAAUAUGAAGAAUCUCAGUACCCUUGUUCUUAGCAACAACAAGCUAAAAGAUAUUCCAGCUUGUAUGAAGGACAUGACAAACCUGAGAUUUGUCAAUUUCAGAGACAACCCCCUGGAGUUGGAAGUAACGCUCCCUCCAUGUGAAAAUGCAGAAGAGGAGGAGCAACAGGAAAUGUUUGGUAUUGAAUUCAUGCACAUGUAUAUCCAGGAGUCACUGAAGAAAACAGACAAACCUGGGCCAGUUGUCAGCAGGACGUUCUCCAGUGACACAGCAGAGCCUGUGUAGAACUGUAUUGCAGCCUCGUAUCCUCGGCGUUGUAAACGUUCAACCUGUCCGUGAUCAAUCAGCAGUUUAUGGAGGUAGCCUAAUUGCUUUCAGUCUUCAACAGUAAGUAUCCUGGUUUCAUGAAAAGGAGGAAAGAACAACCACCAGGAGUCAGAAUAGUUUUGUUAGUCAACAUUAAGUGCAGAAAACCUACUGAAACCUGUAAAUGCAUUUCAAUUCAGGCCAGCAUGACUGUUUAAAUUCUUGAAACAUAUGUCCAUGUAUUUUUAAACUCUUCUGCAAAUGGAGUCAACUGCUUCUGUAAAAUGAGUCACUUUGAGGACCCAGAGCACUUUCAUAUACCACUGUACAUCAUUUUGGUGCUCUGCAGAAGUCCAUUUGAUAUGAAAACAAAAAUACAUACCCUUGUAAAGUCUUGCUGAA